CACAUUCUUAAACUAGCCUCAUCUCGAAUUCACAAUCUUUUACACUCUCACAGAAGGCACUUCUAGUUGUAUUUACACUAUGCGUGGCCACCGCCAUUCAAACAUUCAUCGCAACAUCCACUUUGUAGAUGGAAAAAACAAUGAGAUCUCUAGUGCCUGGCAGAACGGGCCGCUCACCUGGUCGGAAAUGGCAGAAUGGAUCGAGGUUGUUGUUGAGGAACCUGUCGACAGCUACGCUCCCUUCCGCUGCCUCGAGCUGGGCGACCCAGUUAACCCUCUAGCGCAACAUGGACCAGCGAUUGUAAUGCAGGGAAACAAUAAUCAGAUUUCGACUGGUUUUUACGUGAUUCUAAGCCCUGAUGGUGCUAGUAUUAACAUUCGUAUCAAUCGCCAGAAUCCUAUGCCACGCACUUCUACUCGUGCAUCAUCAUCGAAGUUAGAUCCUCGUACGAAGACCUUUCGGAACCGGGUCCGCGAACGUGAUGGGCGUUGUGUCGUCACUGGCGAGAAACCACUCGAUGAUGUGGAUUUCGUUCGUCUGGAGGCUGCGCACAUAUUUCCAUUGGCACAUCUCGACAUGUGGAAGGCGCAACUUUGGCAAAGGCAGAUAACCGACGAUAGAUACGUUGGAGAGUCUGGCAUUAAUUCCGUACAAAAUGGAAUACUUCUACGCUCCGAUGUCCACCAGUUGUUCGACACAUAUCGCCUUGCCAUUAAUCCUGAUCGCGGAUAUAAGACGUAUUGCUUUGCCAACGUUGCUACGUUAGACCACAUCCAGAUGUAUCAGGAUCCAGACACAGUCUCGCAAUACCAACCAUGCCGGGGCCUCUUAAAGCACCAUUUUCGGAUGUGUGUUUUGCUCAACAUGAAAGGCAGGGCGGGAUACCCUAAAUGGGACGAAGAUCUCCCUCCUGGGUGUGAUGACAUGGCAGAGGUCGCGAGUUCAGAGGAGGGGAAACUCCGUCUCGAGACCAUCUUGGCGAGCAAACUGAACCACCUCAUCGCAUAAUCUUCACAGCACUUCUCCAAAACCAAGAGCCAACGCUGGGCUAUAUGUUGUCAAAAAGGGCGGGGAUUAUGAUGCAGUAUUUCGGCGGGCAAAGGAGGCGAUCGGGGCCAGAGCUGAGUAUUGGUGCUGGUGUGCUUGAGAACGAAAUAGAAUUUGUCGUAUAACUCUCUGGGAAGAGAGAGAGGAGAGCAGGUGGGCCGGCGGGACGGACCUGGGGCUUGAGUUGCUUUGAGGAUCGGUAUAUUUCUUUGGCUGAAGGAAGUAGCAAAUGAAGAGUAAUAAAUCUUGUCUGCUUCAGCAGUGACGUGGC